GGACAAGGUUUGUCCGCGGGAGUUGAAUUAAUAUCUUUGUAACUUUCGCGUGCAAUGUUUCUGACUAGGACAGAAUAUGAUCGUGGGGUUAAUACCUUUUCCCCAGAAGGACGGCUCUUCCAAGUUGAGUACGCUAUUGAGGCUACAAAGCUGGGUUCAACUGGUAUUGGGAUUAAGACAUCAGAAGGUGUCGUUAUGGCAGUGGAGAAACGGGUGAAUUCGCCUUUGAUCAUUCCAUCUAGCAUUGAGAAGAUUUUCGAAGUGGAUAAACAUAUUGCAUGUGCUGUCAGUGGACUAGUCGCUGAUGCAAGAACACUAAUAGAACGUGCACGUACAGAAGCAGCUCAUCAUUGGUUUGUAUAUAAUGAAAAGAUGACAAUUGAAGAUGUAACUAAAGCUGUCAGUAAUUUAGCCCUAGCAUUUGGAGAUGAUGAUAUGGAGUCUGGAGCAAUGAGUCGUCCAUUUGGUGUAGCGUUACUUUUCGCUGGUAUCGAUGAACAAGGACCACAAUUAUAUCAUAUGGAUCCAAGUGGAACAUAUAUUGGAUAUGAAGCAAAAGCAAUUGGUUCCGGUUCUGAAGGUGCACAACAAGCUUUACAAGAAAUAUAUCAUAAGAAUAUGACACUUCAUGAAGGUUGUAAACACGCUUUAACUAUAUUAAAACAAGUUAUGGAGGAGAAACUUGAUUCAACUAAUGUGGAGAUGGCGACAAUCAGUGUCAAAGACAAUUAUCACUUAUUCAAUAAACAUGAAGUACAAUCGAUUAUUGAAGAAAUUGGUCGAGGAUAAUCACCUCUUUGAAGUGUGUGAAUAAAGAAGGGAUUGAUUGACUGAUGGAUAACAUGUUAUUUUUACUUUUGCAAUGAAAUAAACUUCGUUUCACCUUGUUCUGCCUGUUUUUUUAAGACUGUUUUGUUUGUUUGCUGCUUAUGAUUGUGAUAAAAUGGGAAUACAGAUAUUGAAAUAUUAUGUAAUUAUCCCGAAAACUGAUCCCCAAUAAAUUCUAGGCAACUUU